UUUCCGCUUUGACACUAAUGACCUUGCCGUUGUGAGAGGUCAACCGCCAGAACCCGCGGCGCCGAACCCAUACAACACGCGCGAGGCGAGGCGACGGGAAUGGGGUCGGAGGCCGCCGCCGCGGUUGACCUGCUCCGGUCGCAGAUCCCAUUCCAGACCGACGGGGAGCUCGUCCUCCCGCCGCACGGCGUGGGGCUCGUCCUCGUCGACCUCUGCAACGGCUUCUGCACCGUCGGCGCCGGGAACCUUGCUCCUGUUGCACCAAAUAAACAGGUAGAGAAGAUGGUGGAAGAGGCCGCUAGGCUCUCCAAGCUAUUCUGUGAGAGAAACUGGCCAAUCUUUGCGUUUCUUGAUACCCAUUAUCCAGAUAAGCCCGAACCACCAUAUCCACCUCAUUGUAUCAUUGGCACUGGUGAGGAAAAUUUUGUUCCAGAUCUGGAGUGGUUGGAGAAGGAGCCAAAUGUGACUAUAAAAAGGAAAAACUGUAUCGAUGGCUACAUCAGCUGCAUAGAGAAGGAUGGGUCCAGUGUUUUUGCUGAUUGGGUUGGAAAAUAUCAGAUCAAAACUGUCUUGGUGCUCGGAAUAUGCACAGACAUCUGCGUUUUGGAUUUUGCAAGCUCAACUCUUGCUGCUCGAAAUAUUGACCGAGUGCCUCCGUUACAGGACGUUGUGAUUUAUUCAGAGGGGUGUGCUACAUAUGACCUUCCUGUUGAGGUUGCUAUGAAUAUCAAAGGAGCUCUUGCCCAUCCACAGGAUCUUAUGCAUCAUAUCGGACUUUACAUGGCCAAAGGAAGGGGUGCAAAGGUAGUUGACAGGGUUGUUCUUGAACCUUCAAAGUGACUCGAGAACUUGUCCUUGUCGUAGUGUUUCCUCUGCUCCUUCCUCUCAUCCUUCCAAUGUAAUAAUCAGAUAAGCACCUUAGCACGGAGUUAUUGAGAAACAAUGUAAUGCUAGCGACAACUACCUUCUAAUCUGUGAAGAUGGGUUCAUAGUUUGGUUGCACAUUGUCUCUUAAUAGUCCCCAAGUUUACUGCA